CGUGCACUGAGUUUGAAAGGCAUUUGUAUACUGUGUUUCCGUAGUCAUAGAUGUUUACAAUAGUACUGUCCUUUUUUUCUUGGUGAAUUUAGUAACCUAACAGGUUGAUUUAUGAGUAGGUGUUACUAAUAGUUGAAUCUGUUAACGCUUAGGAAUUUACUGCUUUCUGUCACGCAAGACUUGGUGCCCUGUCAAUGGUCAACAGUCAAGAAUGAAAAAGCCGUCACUGGAAAACAAAGCUGCUUCAAAUAGUAUGACCUGUUGGGUAGAUUCUGCUUUCACUGAAUUAACAGGAGAAAAUUUACUUGCUUUUGGAAAGAAAAGGGGUCAGGUUUUGAGUCUCCAAACUGCAGCGAGACCUCGCAGGAGGAAAGGGGAGACCAUCAGCUCAGACCCUGGUAUGAUGUUCCCCCAGAAGCCCAUUGGCUACGAACAGCCUGAACCCUGGGUGGUCAGAUACACACCGUGUUCAAAGGACGAUUUAGCUGUUCACAAGAAGAAGAUAGAAGAGGUGGAGAGCUGGCUGACAGUCCAUGCAGACACACCAAUGGGUGGACUUUUGCUGCUCACAGGACCACCGGGCUGUGGAAAGACUGCUGCAGUCCAGGUUUUGUCUCGAGACCUGGGUUUAAAAAUUCAAGAGUGGACCAACCCACCUAACCUGGACUCAUACGCCCCCAGUCAACAUGACAAGAUGACAAGCAACUUAUACAGUACCUCACAGUCAGACCAAUUCCAGGAGUUCCUCUUUAGGGCCAACAAGUACAGCUGCCUGGAGAUGGUGGGUGAAGGCAGAGCUACACGUGUUAAGAUCAUAUUGGUUGAGGAUUUCCCAAACCAGUUUUACCGAAAGCCAAGUGAACUGCAUGAUAUUCUGAGGUUCCGGUUGCGAUUAUGUUCUACUGUUUCUUCAAGGAAAUUUGUGAAGGCAAGUCGAUGCCCCUUGGUGUUCAUUGUGUCCAAUGCCCCAAGUGGAGACAGAAGUUCAAGAUUCCUUUUUCCCAGAGAAAUUCUGGAGGAGCUGGACAUCACGACCAUAAGUUUUAAUCCCGUGGCUCCAACUACUACGAUGAAAGUUCUGAAUCGUAUUCUAACCCUUGAGAAUGGAAAGAGCAAUGGAAGAAUAACUGUCCCAGAUCAGACAGUGUUGGAGAUGGUGUGUUCAGGAUGUUAUGGCGACAUUCGCAAUGCAAUUAACAGCCUGCACUUUGCUUCAGUUCCAGAAUAUUCACAGGAAAAGGAUAUGACACAGGGGAACAAUCCUUUGGCAUCACAGGGUAAGAUAGUUUCCAGAUCAACAUUAAGGAAGAAAUUCAAAUCGACAAAGAGACAGGAGGAAGAUCAAACCUUUGGAAAGAAGGAUACUUGUCUGUUUCUAUUCAGAGCACUGGGAAAGAUACUACAUUUUAAAAGGGGCAGUCCUGAAGGUGUGAAAGAAGCCAAACGUGCCUUUGGAUGGUUACCCUCACACCUUUCUCAGCACCAUAGAGCAUAUUUGGAGGUGAACCCUGAGUGGGUUUUAGAACAUUCGUAUGUGUCUGGGGAGUUAUUCAACCUGUACCUGCACCAGAAUUACCUGGAUUUUUUUUCUGAGAUGGAAGACGUCGAUAAAGCCAUCGAGUAUAUGUCUGACGCAGACCUCCUCACAUCUGAUUGCAUGAGUACUAACAGCAUGUGGGAAUAUGCAUCUUCAGUUGUCACCAGAGGGCUUCUUCACUCCAACUCUCAACAAGUAGCUGUUGGCUUCAGACCACUCCAUAAACCCAACUGGUUGCUUGUCAGCAAAAAGCAUCGAGAAAACUGCCUGGCUGCUCAGAGCUUGUUUCGCCACUUCUGUAUGACACCAGUCAACCUUCAGACUGAGUUGCUACCAUAUCUGGCCAAAUUCACCAAGCCCUUAAGGAACCAAGAUCAGAUAACAUUUAUCCAGGAUGUGGGUCAGAUGUCACUGAAGAGGUUCCUUGUAAGGUUAAAACUGGAGGCCCUGACUGACCAAGAAGUCCAGCUCAAAAGUGAUAGUGAGGAAGACAUAGAGGAUGUACAGGAAGGAUCUGAGUGUCUCCCACCCAGUCAAACACAGUGCCAAACAACUAGUAUCGAGGAGGAGGAUAUAAUGAUUGAAGAAUAUGAUAGCGAAUAAUGCAUGAAAUACAAAAAUGCACUGACCAUAAUCCAUAGUAGUCUUCUUUACUUUUUUAAGGGGGGAGUUGAGCCAGGAGUUUCGGAAAUCUGAGGACAUUUCCAUUGUCUUGUCUUCAUCUGAAAUAAACUUCAUCAUUGAAUGUG